GGCAACCCCAUAAUAGGAUAUCCUAGCCAAAAAAAAACACUGCAACAUGGGAUGGACCCAUCCAAUGAGCUGGUCGGGCUAGAGGAAACCAUAAUCUACAUUCAACCUUGGCUGGUCUGUAUUCUUUUUCUACCACGCUGUGGCCACACCCCCCGUCCCUUCUCCCCUUCUGGUUACCAGCUUGCUUGUGGUUGUUUUGAAUCGAAUCCAUUUCAAAGGCACUUGUUUUCUUUCUUUUUUUUCGUUUUCAAUCCAUAUUUUUCCUUUCCUCCUCUUCCCCGUACCCUUCACUUCAGCAAACUCCACGGCGGGCCCUUGACCUUAACUCUUUUCUUUCUUUCUUAUAUAUACCCGUGAACCAGAAUCCCCCAUUUUCUAUCGGGUCUCUUCGGUUUCCUACACUGUCAAAUCUCAUCAGCAACAGAACGUCGCCAAGAUGAACAAAAUCCUCCUCCCUAUCCGGGCGACCCAGGCCCUCUUCUCGAUAAUAAUUUUGGGACUCGCGGGAUAUGUUGCCAACUGGUACAACAUGGAGACCACGGCAUCAUCACCAUCGCAGAUCAACUUCCUGGUCUUCAUACCUAUCAUGUCGAUCCUGUCACUCGGCUACGUCGAGGGUGUGGCCCGCUUCAUGCCUCGCAUCUUCAACCCCUACAUCGCCCUAGGAAUCGAGGCGCUCAACGCCCUCUUCUACUUUGCCGGCUUCAUCGCGCUGGCCGUGUUCCUCAACGGGCUCGUCUUUUGCCGUGGUCCCGUCUGUGGUUCGGCCCGGGCGUCAACGGCAUUUGGAGCAUUCCAAUGGAUCCUCUUCUCCGUCACGGGAGGGUUGACAGCUAAGGAGGUAUUCUUCAAGUCGGGGUUCGGUGGCGGCCUGGGGGGCCUCCGCAGGGGCGCGGGGGGCGCCCCGUCGGCAUCGGCCCCGGGUGGGCUCCCCCUCGAGAAGAAGGAAGAUUCCGCAGCCUAAUGGACCCGCUGGCCAGCCACUUUGCCGGAGGCGUCCGCUUCAAACACUCCCCCAUGACGCUUCCCCCCGUCCCGGCCUCGUCGGGUCACCGCUCCCGCCCCUCGCUCGAGGUGCACUGGAAGAAGGCCGCCCUGGCCUGGGACAGGCGGGCCUCGUUCAUCGACACGGAGCUCGGCGAGUUCAUCGGGGACGACGUCAAGGGGGACGGCUUGUUCAGGUAUCGUGAUCACUUUUACGACUGCGACAUCGGCGACGGCAAUGGUGGCGGCGGCGGUGGCGGCGACGACGACUACAAAGACAAGGAUAAACACGACGUGGAGGACGACCCCGCAAGCAUCAAGAUUGAAGUUACCGGUAUGGGCAGUGGCGAUGGUGAUGUCGGCGGCGAUGAGGAAAUGGCUCUUCCGAGAAAGAAGAAGCCGGUGCUCAAAAGGGGCUCCGUUAGUGUAGUGACUCCUUUCAAAGGAUCAAGGGUUCUGAUCUGAUCUUGGACGGGUGUCGUCGAUGUUCAUUGUACUAAGAUAUUAAAAACACCAAAAACAGCUGUGCUGGGGGGAAAUAUUAUUUUUUACUUUGGACAAAUCUACUAGUGCGUGCGCGUCUUUCAUUUCUUUUUUGGGGGAGAACAUGGAUUGGGCAACUACUGGUAUCGCGGGUUUUGGUGCUUUUCUAUAUACUUUAUUUCAUGGUUUCCUGUGUUAUGGGUGUUAUUCUACUUGUUUGGGAGUGUCUUGUAUGAUGGUGUGUACUAGUCUAUGUAGUCAAUAUUAACC